AUGAGUUCAUUUCACACAAGGAAAAGUACUCGCAUUAAAAAGCUUAUAUAUGGCACAUUGAAUCAAACGUUACUAGGAAAACACUUAAUUACACGAGCAAUUUUAAAAACACGUCCUUUACAUAGUAAUGUCAAAUAUCAUGCCAAUAAUAACAUAUACAAAAGAAAAGAUCAUGAAAUACAUGAGGCCUUCCAUCUGCACAGUAGUAAUAAAAAAACUAGAUUAAGUAAAGAAAUCUACAAUGAUAUUAUAAAGAAUAAUGAAUCUGAUUUAUCAACUCAAUCUUCUGAUGAAGUGGAAGACUUAUUAGACGCUGACGAAGAGAGGGAAGACGAAGAUGAACGGGACGAAACAAAGCAAAGAUCUUACUAUUUAAGGGAACACAAACCGUUGACCCAAAAGUUCGAAGUGUCGUUUCCAGGUCCCAAACCCCACAGAAAUAAAUAUUACGCCGAAUCUAAUGCUUACAAAUCGAGAGUCAAAAAUAGAGCAAAUAAAUCCUUGGAGGAUAAAAUAAAAUCGAAACACUUGAUCAGAAGGUCGUGCUCUUUGUCUGAUUCAUCAUCCUCAGUUUCUUCCUUGGAUUCUAUCAACGACAAACGGUUUAGGAGAAAAGAAAGGAACAAAAUAUUGAAAGCCCGUAGGAGAUGUCUACCCCUUAACUUCACUCUAGAUGAUGUGUCCAAGAAUUACGUUAUGAAAGACAGGCUCAGAAUAGGAAGAAGCAUGGCUGACAUAGAACCCAUGACUAUAGAUAAGAAUGUAUGGUUCGACGAUAUUGGCGGCCUCAAGCCUCACGUGCAAUGCCUCAAGGAAAUGGUUCUCUUCCCACUUUUAUACCCGUCAGUUCUGCAAGGAUUGGAUAUUACUCCCCCCAGAGGAGUACUCUUUUAUGGUCCCCCGGGAACGGGUAAGACUUUGCUGGCGAAAGCGCUUGUCAACGAAUGCUCCAACAUCAAAGGCACCACUUAUAAUAGUCAUGGCUCUAACUCGAAAAACGACGCCAAGAUUUCAUUUUUCAUGCGGAAAGGUUCUGACUGCUUGAGCAAAUGGGUAGGGGAAAGCGAGAGACAGCUGAGAUUGCUUUUCGACCAGGCUUACAAAAUGAGGCCCUCUAUAAUAUUUUUCGAUGAGAUAGACGGUCUAGCUCCUGUCAGAUCUAGCAGGCAGGAACAAAUUCACAAUUCCAUAGUUUCUACUUUCUUAGCUUUGCUGGAUGGGUUGGAUUCGAGGAGCAGCAUAGUAGUCAUAGGCGCGACGAAUAGGCUGGACGCCAUAGAUCCCGCGUUUAGACGGCCGGGGCGUUUCGAUAGGGAAUUCCUCUUUCCCAUGCCUAACCGAAAGGUUAGAGAAAAGAUUUUCAGGAUUCACACUCAAAAAUGGCAACCUCCCCUGGAAGAAAAUCUAUUCAAAGAAUUGGCUUUACAAACAACAGGUUUCACUGGGGCCGACAUUAAAGGACUAUGCACUGAGGCCUCUUUGAUCGCUCUCAGACAUAAGUACCCGCAUAUCUACACGUCUAAUCAAAGGUUGGAUAUCGACGUUCAGGCGAUCAAGGUCAAAAAGGCGCACUUCGCAAAAGCCUUUAAGGUACUUAUCCCAUCAACGCUGAGGCAUAAUAAAUUGUGGACAAGGGAUAUUCCUCAUUCCUUAAAACCGCUUUUAAAUAAGCAGCUGACGGAAUUACGAGCCAAGAUCACGCAAAUUUUUCCUCCUACUCGUAAAAUUUUUGGAAAAACUUGCACAAGUGAAGGGGAGGAAAGUCAUGAUAGCGAUUCAGAUGACGCGAUGUCCCGGUCUAGUUCCGUGGCCUCAGAACUUAUGAGUUGUUUAGGCAAUUUCAAGGACCACGAAUCAAAGUCUAUGAGAAACCCUUUUAAAUCUCACACAUUCAGACCACGAAUCAUAUUGACCGGGCCCAAUAAAGGUGCCGGUCAAACCUCUUAUUUGGCUCCGGCAUUGUUGAAUGAUAUGGAUGGCAUACCGGUUAACGUUAUAGAUGUUACUACUUUGUAUGGGAGUAGCUUUAAGAUGGCUGAAGAAACGUGUAACGAAAUAUUUAGGGAGGCCCAACGACUGGCCCCCAGUGUUAUUUAUCUUCCUCGUAUGAAUGAGUGGUGGUCCAUUCUCUCGGAAACGACCAAAACAGCUUUCACUACCCUCGUGAAUGGGCUGCCAACAAACUCUCCCAUACUCUUGAUGGCUACCAGCGAUUUCGAAUAUGAAUCCCUUCCUGAAACGAUCAAAGAAUUUUUCGAUGACCCUUCGCACGUUUACCACGUCAGCUGUCCCGACAAAGUUGAAAGGAAAGAUUUUUUUUCUUGCCUUCUAAAAGAACGAUUUUCGGAUUUGAAGAGCCAAUAUCUUAAACGGCUAAUGUACCCGUCGCUUGGCGAUGUCCCGAACGUCGAUCAAAAUUGUCACCUCCGUGGGCGAGAUUCGGACAUAAUGACGACAACGAAAAAUAGAAAAACCUCGAGUAUGACUGCCAAUUCGUUUGGCCCAACUACCGAUAUCCGAAAAUUGACCCCCCGAGAAUUGAUCGACGUACGUGAGUCGGAAGAAAACACGUUGAGGGAAUUAAGGAUAUUUUUGAGGGACGUUUUGAGCCAGCUGACUAGGGAUAGAAAGUUUCAAUCCUUUGCUAAGCCCGUCAAUCCUAGAGAAGUACCCGACUAUUAUGUCAUAGUAAAAAGUCCCAUGGAUCUUUCUGAAAUGAGGCAUAAAAUCGACUCGGGUUCUUACCCAACUCCCUCCCAUUUUCUUUCCGACAUAGAACUCGUUUGCCGUAACGCGCUUGAAUAUAACCCGGAUCACACGCCGACCGAUAAGCUCAUACGUCACAGAGCCUGUUCGCUACUCGAUGAAGCCCGCUCCGCAAUUUAUAAACAGCUAGAACCGGCUUUUGCCCAGUUAUGUCAAGACAUCGAGCAGAGUCGACGAGAAAGAGGCGAAAAGGUAAACUCUCUACCACCAUUUUUAACCGUGCCAUCUAAAGAUAUGAAAGACCAAAUAUUUUCCUCCUAUUACGAAAACAUUAAAUAUGACCCCAUCUACAGAUCUCGCAAAUUGAAUAAAAAAAACAAUUAUCAGUCGCCCUCUCACGAAAACACAGUCAUCAAGGAAACACGAUUGAGUUUGAAAAGCAAAAAAAAUUGCAAUCUUAAUAUAUCUUCUUAUUCUCCUCAUUUGCGGAAUCAAGAACUAGUACCCAAAAGCUUCUCUAAUGGACUGCCAGAAAAUGGUAAUGACCUUGUAAGGACGCCCCUGUCUAAUGAUAGGGCUAAAGAUUUGACUAAAAAUGCUAAGAUUUAUUUGCGGAAGCAGAAAAAAAUUUCCAUCUGGUGUAAAAGUAGUAGGAGACGCAGAUUUAAAUCCAAAUAUAGGAGACCUAACCUUAACGAAGGAACAACAGUUAGUUAUCUCCAUAACAGUAACACCAUGUUAGAACCCAUUACUGAACCAAUGGAAUCGGAUAUUAUAACUUCCACGAGUCUUGAUAAUUUUAGAUCUUCAUCCUUAAAUGCCAAAGCCAGGAGAAUGUUUACUCGUUCAUUAAAGACAAUCAAACGUGAAAAUGAUGAGGUCAAUGCUUUCAAAAUUGAGCCUUCAAAAAUUGAUCCCACGCUAACUACCUUAACCCCCAAAGAUUUCGAAACAAUUGAUAUUAAUGUCGAAAGGAAUAACGAUUCGCCCAUCGUAUCUCCUUCAUCUCCUAGAGGAUCAUCCCAAUUUAUCAGGUAUAGCAAGAAUAAGCCGCCUUCUUUUCCCUUAAACUUCUAUCGAAUUAUCAACCAAUCCAUACUCAAUGAAGUGGACCAAAAGACGUUAGGUGACCUCGAAAUUCAAUUUUUAGGAUUGCUAGAUGCUUUGUUGUUCAAAAUGGUGGAAAUAUCGACGGGAUUUAAUAUAGAUAAACUGGAAAAAACGAUUUGCAAAAUAAGCAAUAUCGCAAAGACAUUUAUUGAUAACUAUUUGGAUCAGCUUAAAAAUACCUCUAAUAAAUUACACACUGAAGGCACGGAAGAUGGAAAAAAUGUUAGCUUUGAAAAAAGUGAAAAAGAACUAGAUCUUAUAGUCAUACGAACAUGCUUGCUUAAGAUGGAGUGCCAAUUUUUGAAGGAAUUGGAACCCGAUUUACAAUGCUUAUUUUCUUAGCCGACAUUUAAACAAGGCAAUAUAGAAUAAACAGUAUCUUAAAAUUUUAAAUUAAAUGCAACUAUUUUAUUUUUUUUUUAAAAAAUUUAUAUUUAUUUUCAUGUUCACACUGCCCUCCCUGAGAUCUGCCUUUAUUAAUUUAACGAUAUUUAUUGUAAGCAAAUAUAUAUUUUUAUAAUUGUAUCAUUGAAUGGUUGAUAUUUUAUUCGUCUUUCCCAUUUAUGAUAACCUAAUCAAGAAUAAGGAUGAUUUUAUGCGUUCUAAAACCCCUAAAUAUAAAAGUUUUCAAUAUAAAGCACUGCUGGAAAGUAUUUCGUGCAUUACUCGAUGGCGUGGCCUUAUAUAAUUGUGUAAUAUGUAUAUUUUAUAAGCUUUUCGAAAUUUGGAAUGCUUUUUAUUUAUUUUUGAAUUAAAAUUUACCCAUGCAUUUCUUAUAUAUACAAUUUCCCUUGAUGGAAUUCAUGUUUAUUUAGUGCAUUUUUUUAAAAAAAACCUCAUUUAUUUUAUAAAAUUGUAAUAGUAUUCAAAUAACGAAAUAUUCUUUUUCAAAAUUUUAAAAAAUAGUAUUUUUUAUUAUAGUAUUAACAAAAAAUAGUUUUAAGAAUUUCGCUAUUUUUAUUUGAAAUUUUUAUAAAUUAAAAAUAUUAAUAUUUUUUUUAAAAAAAAA